AUGGGACUCUCAAAAGAAGCAGUCAUCCUCAUUGUUAUCGUCGGCUGCGUUGUCUCGGUGCUUAUCGGCUACUCCAUCCAUUUUAUCGCCACGAACGGCUUCCACGAUGACGAGACAGAGAAGGAGAUGUCGUACGACCAGAAGGAGUAUAUGCGCGACCUGCGGCUGAAGAAUAUGGAGCUGCUCGCUGGGCAGGCUGGGGUUAAGUUCUCGAGGGACACUUGA